CAGGGAUAUUGGCGGUGUGGGCGAGGUCGGAGAUGGGGAUCAUGUAGUCGUGAGUGAGACCGGGCCCGCCGUGGAGGACGACGAGCGGAGUAUGAGCGCGGUUUUGGAUGUCACCGAAGACCUUAUAGUAGGUGUGGAAGGUUUCGCCAUGGUACGGGAACGGAAUGGUACCUUCAGUGAACGGCGUUGUAGGUGACGCCGAAGAUGCUGAUGCGCCAUUGCCGCCGAAACAAGCAGCGGAAGUGAGAACGGAAAGGAUCCUCUUCCAUGAGCGGGUUUUCUGAGUCAUCGUGCUCGAGGACUGGGAAAGCUAAGAGCUGAGAACGUUCUUGGCUUUGCUGUUAUACUCAUAUUCGGGACACCGUGACAGAUGCUGAACUGAGAAAGCUGUUAGCACGCCGGCGGCGGUAUUCUCGGGGAUGACUGCAGGGAAAGGAAGAACAGGUACGAGGGUUAGAUGCAUGUGCUCAUUUGUGAAGGUUUCGUGAAUGCACCUACACAGGCCCGUCCACCUUCUAUACGUCAAUCAGUCCGGAUCGCGGGAAAGUCGGGCUUUACAUGCCCACAUGAACUUGCUUCCAAGCCUGACCGAGGUUGAUCAGGUUCGCUCAGCUACUCGACGUGCACUAAGCUCUGUCUAUAUUCUUUCUCGCGAUUGCAUGAAUGCUGCAUCUCAUAUUCUCUUAGGGUGAAUUUACUACGACUCGGUGUCAUGAAUGUGAAAGACAGACUGUCGAUUGUGCUCUUCGUUGCUAGUGUAAUUAACCUGACAUACAUUGGAUGGCACUUAUCGAACCACAGCAAACAGAUUCGUCGAGCGUAUUCAUAUCGAGGACAUGACUAUCCUGAAACGCUUCCUCUCCCUCUUCCCGACCUACCUGAAGUUACUAUGACAGUCGAAGAAAGCAUCCAUUACCCGCUGUUCGGCGCCGCUUCAGACGACCAAUGGUUCUCACUCACUUCAGCUUCCUACGGCUAUGUUCGCCUUGGUCCCGACGAUCGCAUGUUCGUGGUCACCACGUUCCAUGAACUCCAUUGUCUUCGUCUUCUUAACCUCGCGUUCAGCAAGGCGCACGUUGCGAAUACGGGCCAUAUCAAGCACUGCUUGAAUUAUAUUAGACAAAGCGUUCUAUGCUCUCCGGACCUUACAAUCGAGCCGGGGAACUUUGAGGAGAGGCACUUUGACAUCGAUAGGACGGGUGCGACUCACGCAUGUAGGGAUUGGAGUAUGGUGUAUCCUAUUAUGGAUGACAACUAUGCUGUCUGGCUAAACAUAACGAGAUGAGGCUUCAAGUUGUUGACCAAUUUCGCGUGUUUCUCUCGUUGUAAACACGCGUUCGUAGAGAAGUCUUGGCAAGACUGCGCACUCUGUCGCCUAUCGCGUAUUAUUUACAUGAACCAUGAACUC